UACACAAAAUAGUACAAACAAAACGGUCUCAUUAACAUCUUCUAUUUUAAAUAAUAAUACCACUUAUGAUUUAAGUAACAAUAAUUCUGAUAAACAUAUUAAUUUAAGUACAACAAAUCAAAAUAACCGUAGAAGUCGAGUCACGCGAAAAAAAAUUAAGAUUAUACGAAACCCAGAUGAUAGAAAUAAUAUUGACGUACCAAAUAGACACUCAUAUUCAAAUAAACCGACCGAAAAACCGGUUAUAAAAAAAGUAAUAACUAAAUGGAGGGAUAGCGCAAAAUUCGAAACGUUAAACGCCAAUGAUGCUUCUCCUUCGCAAGGUACUAGUAUAUUUGAAAACAAAUUUAAUGUAGGUAGCACUAAAAACAAUCAAUACAUAUCUUCUAAUAAACGGUAUACGUAUUCUCAAAUGAUCCCAAAACCCACCAGUUCAGAAGAAAUACAACUUCAUUCCAACAAUUUCCAAGUAAUGGGAAGCAAUCCUUAUGCAUACGUAACGCGCCCUAAUUAUAUAUUCACGACACCCACCCCCACACCAGAAAUAACAAAUGUAGGAUAUCCACAACCUUGGCCUAACAAACGACCAAGUAGACCUAACAGACCUACAAAACCAAAAAAUCCAUAUAAUAGCAUCAUGAAUUUUUCUCCAUUUCCUGAUAACAAUUUCGACGUAACAACUUUUCCACCAACAAGUGCUUACACCGAUAGAAUUGUUAUUAGACCCGAGGAAUAUAACGGUUCAUCAGACGAUUGUCCUACAAUAUUCCUAACUUUAAACAAUACAUUCCAAGGGCAGGGCAAGGAAGCUUGUCCAGAUUUAAACAUUGCUGUUAACACUAAUGUUGUAAAUAAAAAUGUCGUCAUUGAGUCUGAGGAAGAUACCGACACCACUUUGACUGAUGUUUUUGGUUUGCCAAUUGAAGAAUCAGGCAGUGAAGAAGACGUGCCAGAUUACGAAGGCUCCCAAGAAAACGAUGAUGAUGUAUCUGAUAAUGCAUCCGAUGAGGACCUAGAGCUAUCUAGUUACAAUGCAGCAAACAGUGUUUAUGACACGCAGUCAUCUGAAUCAUCUAAUAUUGUUUCAUCUAAUUCACCUAUAACAUCAGUGUCGAAACCCGGUCGUCCGGGAGCUGAUGAUGAUGUUUUUAGCUUGACCUCUUUUAUAGAUUUUUUUAGACCAGCUAUAAGUGCAUUCAAUUGGCUAGCAGCUAUUAAUCCUUUCAGUUUUACAGCUGUUUCCUUCCUUUUAACCCCUCUCAUAUUAUUAUUCGCAGGUAUAUCGUCUAUAUUUGCUCCAUUUGCUUUAUCCGCCAGGGAAGCACCACAUAUUCAUAUUUAUAGCCCAGAAUGGCAGUUGAAUAAGAAUUAUAGAGAUUGGCAAUUUAAUUCUCAUCCCUCCAAAAACGAAUGGGACCAACCUAGAAAAUAUAGGGAUUUAUUUAAACCAGGGUUCCAAUCCGCGUGGUUAGUUAAAAUACAAGAUAUAUUUAAGAGAAUUACAAAUAAACUGAAACAAAAUUAUAAAGAUGUCAAUAAUGUGCAUAGAAAUAAACGAACGAAACGUGAAACGUGGACUAUUAGAGUGAAAUAUAAGAGUAAAGGAGCAUCAAAUGAGAAUAAAAGCAGCAAGAAUAACAAUGAAGUGCCACCAACUUUAAAUAACUCGAGAGAUGUAAAAACUAAGACACCAGUGAUUGGAGAAUCAAUAAAGAAAGUAGCAACACAGUUGUUGCAACUUGAUGAGCACAAUAGUACUGACGCUUUGCCUGUUGUCUCCGAUACAAGAAUACCGCCAAAAUUAAAGACACAAAUUGCGCAUAAACAAAAAAUUAAAAACAGACGUGAUGAUGAUACAGACGAAUAUAUUGAAAACUCCCACGCUGGUGUUGCCGUACCUGUGACUAUGGAAGAACUAGAAUUAGAAAAGAAAGACGUUUCUAGUGAAACAGCAACUACAAGUGAAGGUUUAUCGACUUGGAUUUUACUAAGCAAUCCCAACAAUAAGGACUCGUCUCUCUCUACCGAGCCAACUAAAGGUACCGAAUUACAAAAGAAACAAAAGCCGUCUCCACCAAAAAAUAAAAAUAAGAAACCCCAAAAUAAAGUUCCAGCACCUAAGCGACCUAUCAUUGGAAGUACUAAUAAAUCUGAUUUAAUAGCCAGUGGCUCCGCAAUAAACGAAAAUGUUUACAAUAAAAUAAAGGAUACUGUAUUGUCAAAUGUGCAGAAAAAUAAAAAUGGUCCUUCAAAAAAGACUACGAUUAGUAGUACAACUUCAGAACAGAUAAGUGAAGAAUCUACUACAAAAGCAACAACAGUAGCGAAGGCGUCUACAAAAACAACCAAGAAAAAUACUAAAAAUAAGCAAAAACCAUUAACAUCCUCAACAACCGCUGCUACUCCAGUCUUCAGUCCAUCAGCAAUGUUGCCAAUGGAAGCGAAAGAGCAAGAAAUUGAAUUAGAAAUAAGUACGCCUGCGACAACAACUAAAAAACCAAAACGUUCAUCUACUAGGAAAAAGACUAAGACUAAGAAACGUAAAACAACUAAACCAGCUGAAUCGACUACCGCUGUAACAACAGAAUUAAAAACUUCUACGAAAGUUGCCAAUAAAACUAAAUCGACAAAUAAAAUAAAUAAAAAUUCAAAGAAACCAAACCCACAAGCAACAGGACCUUUUACAACACAAAUUUACAACUAUUUUUCAAGAGAAGUAAUGCCGUCGGUCGGAGUUGGUGUUAUUGGUUUAGCUAGUAUUCUAGGUAUUGCUAGUUAUUUCUUAUAUCCGUUUGCUUCUCCAGUUAGACGAACAAUUGAAGUUGAUAAAAAAGAUGAUAUUUAUAGAAACAAUGCCGAAGAAUAUGGUAAUGAAGGUAAUGGCCAACCGGAAGAAGAAAUGCUUGGAACCGUUCUUGCUGGAAUGCCUAUUCAUGCAAAACAGAAAAUAAAUCCUUACGCAGGUCAAACAGCUUACAUAAACAGAUAUCCUACAAAAAAAGAUCAAGAUUUAAGGUACAGGCAUGUAGCAACAAAGUAUGACCAAAAUCAUAAUGUGCAUUACCCGCAACAGAAAACCGGCAUUGCGCAUGGUGCUGUUUAUAACGAACCUAUAAAUUAUAAUCGAUAUCAAUACGAAACUCGACAUGCUUAUAAGACUGAAAAAGUAUACGAUAAAGGUCAAACUUAUUCCCAAUAUCCAGUGGUAGAGAAUGUGUACACAGCACCACAAGUGGAAACAGCUGAAAUUUCAUCAUACGGGAAGGAUGCAUCCGCCUCUGUAGUUUAUGGAGUUAAGCCAUCUGAUGACACCGAUUUCAAACCUGUUUAUCCAUAUGAAACUCAGUAUCAAAGCGAAACUACAAACAGUCCCAUUACUUAUCCUCCUACUUCUAUGUACUUGGGAUCUAAUAACGAGCCAGAGCACUCCCAAGACAAUAGAUAUGAGGAGGAAAGUAAUGAAGAUUCUGGAACUAUUGAUAAUAAAUUCGUCGUUGGUAAUGUGCCCAAAGAAUUAACAGAAUCUGCGACUCCAGUUGUUGUUCCUGAACAUGGACCAAGGCAUUUUAAUAGAAAGCGAAGGAGUUUAAGACGUAAACGAAAUGUUGUAACUUCCAUUGAAGAUAUAUUAAAGGCUGCUAGACAAAAUAAGGACAAUGACAUAUUUAUGAGUAAUGAAAUUGAUGACGGCCUCGAAGUUCCUAUGAAGACUGUAUCUCCAUUAGAGUUAUUAAAUAGCAAGGAAGAUAUUGCAACAAACAAAGAAGUUUUUACAGUGUAUGCCGUUACAGUAGAUCCGUCUAAGGAAUUUUCACAAACAGAAGAAGUAAGUACAUUAAAGAACGAUAUCAUUGAAAGUGUUUCUACUUUGCCGUUAGAUAAUACUAAGGAAAAAUCUACUGAGACAGAAAUGAUCAACGAAGUAGAUGCUACAACUAAAGAAUUUAAAGUUUAUGAAGUUUUUCCAUCAACUAAACCUGAUGUGGUUGAAAAUACGAAUACAAAAUCAGAUCUAACAACGCAGUUUAAAAAUAUGAACACAGAGACUACAACAGAAGUUAAAUCUGAAACAACAUCAACUUUGCCUCCAUGGCUUCCACCAAUGACAACAACAAGAAGACCACGACCAUUUUAUGGCACGGAAGUGAUUACAUAUCCACCACCUUCAAGUACUGGCUUUGGUUUCUUUGAUUUUCUGAAAAGAGUCGUUGAUUUUAAGUACAGACUCGGAUUAAGCCUUUUACAAAGCACGUCUGAAUCAAUCAACAGGUAUUUACGUAGUAUGGAACAAUCAGUGAAAAGGUCAAAAGAUAACUAAAAACAACUUAUCAUAAAUAUUUUGUAAUAAGAUUUCCAUACUGGCUAUAUAAAUGUAUAUCGCUGUGGAGCUUCAUCUCAUCGUUAUAUGCAUUUGACUGAAAAUACUACAUAUUUAAAUAUAAUUUCAGAAUGUUAUCCUCGAAAAUUUUGUAUUGAGGGAAACCUACUGAAUUUAUAUAGUGAUGACGAAUUUAUUUUGUAAGGAUAUAACAUGUAACACAUUUUUGCUACAAUUUAUUGUAUUUUAAGUAUAAAUAUAAAAUAAAGUAUAGGAUGAUAUCUUUUAAUUUUAUUAUUUUAUAUGAAUAUAAAUUUAAU